AUGGCCAUGGAUAGGAAGAACAAGAAGGCUGCUCAGGCUGCUGCCAUGGGCGGUGGCUCUGAAAGGAGUGGGAGGGAGCUCAAGGGCAGGGGAGGUAAACGCGAGGCGCUUGGACAACCUUCGGGUGGUGGUGGUGGUGCCCGGAACCCUUUAUUAGCCGGCGGCUCGACUGCUCCUACUCGCAUUCUCCAUGGCGGCGUCCCCGGAUCAUCGUCUACUGGUCGUCCCCCUAUGAGCAUGCCAUUAAAAGCCACCAUUUCCCCAUCGGCUCCUGCACCACCGUUGAAGGACACAGAUUUCGCCUCAUUUGCAGCGCUAGAUGGGAUGGAAGAUGUUAAGUUACCCUCGGCUCCUGCACAGGGCAAGUCAUCUGGUCAGGAGGAACCAUCAAAGAACACCAAGGAUGUUGAUGCAUCUGCCAGUGACGAUUCGAUCACCACCCCACAAACCCACCAGUCGUCCGCUUUUGUUACUCUCCCUUCACGUGCGCCUCGCACGAUCUCCAAUAACAACACCAAUGAUUUUGGUCCCAUUGGAUCUCCUCCCAACUACCGUUCGCAAAUUGGGCAGCAAACAUCUCCAUCCCGUCUAAACGGGAAUGGUGCAACCUUCUCUCCUGGCACCUCGCCACGAGGCCAAUCUUAUAUCAAUGGAGUGAGAGCUUCGCCAACUGGAAAUUCCAACCUUGGCUUGUUAUCUUCCUCCCCCUUUUCGGCUCCAGGCGCCCAGAGCGUGUUUCUGUCGUCCUCUUACACCACUGGGGGAGGGUUUGGUGGCAUGGCAGCGAGCCUGGGGAGUGGGCUCAUAAUGAGCAAAGGUUGGGGCGAUGUAGCUGAAAGUGCCACCCCUCUGUCCUCGUCUGUUCAACAACCACAUGGGCGUGGUUUGAAGGGUGUUUUCCACGAUUACGAUAACUACAGGAAUGCUGGACAUAGCGCUGAUGAAAUUGCUGUCGAGGAUGAGGAUUUGGAGGACCUUAUCCCUGGCUCUCUGACCGAUCUCCUAACUCCCGAGGAACGUAGCCGAAGAUUGUCGCGAAGCAAUUCGGGUCAAGCUCCCAUACCUGUGGCUGCGUUGCGAUCACCGCCUCCUUUGGAGGGGAUGUCUGGCGAGACGACUACAACGACAGGGGGUCUUGGACAUCGCUAUUCUCGCUCUGUUCCUGCUCCGUCCCUGUUGGGAGACAUCAAAUCUAUCUGGGCUGACACUUCCGCACUCCCUAUUCCCGCUUCACCACCUGCGCAAGCAACUCAUCGUGGUAUACCUUCAGCGUCCAUAUCCUCAAGGUUCGAUUCAAUCAAUAUUGGAGGUGGGAUUCAUGGAGCUGACGAUGUUAGCGUAAGCAUGAGCAGUAUGGGUGCUCCCUCAUCUUACAAUAUGAGCCCCAGUAAUGCGAGUGCUGCCUUCCUGCCUGGCUUACACCAACAUUAUCUCAACUCACAGGCGCAGAGGGCCCAGUCUCAGCAACAAGCGCAACUAGGCUUGGGCGGGGGACUGGCGAGGGGACUGAGAGGAUCUAGCAACCCCCUCUUCGGGUCAAGCAACGGAACUGGGACGUCUAACAACUCUAUUGCGAACAACUACCUUCAGCAACCUUCGGGAGGAUUGGGUCUUCCUUCAUCCACAUCUGGUACAUCGGGCAUACACACUCACAUUCAUGGAAACCAGAAAACUACCUACCGGACUCCUUCCUCACCCUUUGACCUCACUCAGACUUUGCAUCAACAACACUCACAGACCGCACGUCCGAUACCCUCUACACAUGAUAAAGUCGUAGGGGAUGAUCCUUUGCUGGCGACCCAUCUUGUUUCCCCAAACACCCGUGCUCUGCGAACACAUGCACCCGGACAAAGUCUACCUCAGGGACUGGCUGCAGGCUAUUCGAGGAUCCAUGCCUUGCCCCCACUCACCAACAUCAUUUCCCCAGGGGUAUCUGGCUCUUUCAAUUCGGGUACAUCGCCGGGAGCCGGAGCUGGAGUUCCAAGCAGUGGCCCAUACGGAGAGUGGACGGGUGCCGCGUCGCCUCCUUCUCAAACAGGCGUCAACGCAGGUACUUCUGGAAACGUGACUGGCUCAGGUUCUGGUUUGGAUUCGAUGUUCUCAAGGUUAUCCUACUCUGCUGCUGCAUCUCGCGGUGGUGUUCCUGGUCCUCCUCCUGGUUUAUCCAGGCAAGUUAGUGGAGGACGUUAUCCCACACAACAACAACAACAUGGCGGUCCAUUGAGCCCGCUGAAUGGGCCUGUGGUGACGCGGGAUGACGAUGACGAUCUGUUCAGCAUGGAUGGAUGA